ACAAACACGGUCUUUCGAUCAUGAAGUUUCCAAUUUUUGUUGCUGCGGCCCUGGCUACCCUGGUAGCUAUUGAAGCUGCCAAGAUGGUCCGUGUGAAGCGAGAGGCAUUGGCCAGCAGGGACAAAAGGGCAGCGGUCAGUUUUGCCAGCCUCGCAGGCGAUGCACACCUGGGAGUGUUCUCUAGCUUCAGGGCCGCAAACGAUGACAUCGUGGAGACUCCCAAAGGAGUCAGCCGCCGACGCCUGAAGCAGACAUUCGGGGACCUGGAAGUGAUCGGCGCCUCGGCGGAGGCUGAGUCAGACCAGACGGGUCACCUCACCGGCCACAUGUACGGGAGCGUGGCCACUGGACUCGUCAAGGACAUCCCCGACCCUGAGGCGUGUCAGAGGUCAAUUGAUGAGAUGCUCGAGAUUGCGAUCACUGGAGAGCACUAUGACGUCAAUGAUCCGAACAUUGAUAAUAAAGACGGUCGCCGAGUGGUCUGGGUCGAUUCUGAAACUCACGUCGGCUCUCUGGCCUACCGUGUGGAAUUCUUGUAUGUCAGCUCAGAUAUCAUCAGCAGACCAGCUUACUACAUCAAUGCUUGUACCAAGGAUGUCAUUGUCAGCUUCGAUCAGCGUGCAGUCCCAGCGUCGCUGGAGUUGGCGGGAACCCCAAGACAGGCCGCACUGUAUACAACACCAACGGACUAUGUCUGA